UGGAUUUCUGUUUCAGCAGCCUAUGAAAAUGAAGACCAUUUACUUUGGAAACCUGGUGUGAUUUCAGAAAGUAAAGUUAAAGAAUACCUUUUUGAAACCUCCUUAAGAACAGGAAAUGAAGAAGUGAUUGGCAGAAUUCCUGAAGGGCUAUAUACAAGGGACAAUGAGCAAGCACUGUAUGAACUUCUCAAGAGUAGCCAUAAUGUUAAAGAAGCAAUUGAGAGAUACUGUUCAAAUGGAAAGACAUCUCAGGAAGAGAUGACAGCAUGGACAGAUGAAGAAUGCAGAAGCUUUGAACAUGCACUUCUGAUUUAUGGAAAAGACUUUCAUCUCAUACGGAAAAACAAGGUAAGAACCAGAACAGUUGCUGAGUGUGUGGCUUUCUAUUACAUAUGGAAAAAGUCAGAACGUUAUGAUUACUUUGCUCAGCAAACAAGAUUUGGAAAGAAGAGGUAUAACCAUCAUCCAGGAGUUACGGACUACAUGGAUCGUUUGGUAGAUGAAGUGGAAGCCCUUAGUGGAGUAGUACAUUCUUCAGCCUUAACAUCUAAUACUCGAACAGAAACCAUUCCUGAUCAACAGCUAAGCAUUCUGAACUCGAUCACUGCCAAUGAGUUGACAGCACUGACAAAUAGUGUAGCUACAGUCUGCCGCGCUUCAGAUGUGAACUGCCUGGAUGAUGCCUUUCCUUCUAUGGACAACUUACCCCGAGCACCAGUUAAUCAUGUGCCUGUUGGAACAGAAGAAUUGCUUAACUUGCCUAGCAAUGGUGAAAGUGAUUGUUUUAAUUUAUUUGAGACUGGCUUUUAUCAUUCAGAGCUAAACUCAAUGAACAUGUGCAGUGAAGAGACAGACAGACCUGCAAAGAGAUUGAAAAUGGGAAUUGCUGUCCCAGAAUCUUUCAUGAAUGAUGUCUCUGUAAGUAACCUUAGUGUGGACUUUGAGAACCACACGCAUCAUAUUACAAGUGCCAAAAUGGCUGUUUCAGUGGCUGACUUCAGCAGUCUAUCUGCAAAUGAGACAAAUGGUUUUAUCAGCACCCACGCUCUUCACCAACAUACUGCUCUUCACUCAGAAUGACUGUAGAAAAUGAAACAAACGGUGGGUACUUUAUGCAGUAGUAGUAAACUUGAUGGGAGCUAUCAGGUUUGCCUAGUCUUUCACUGGAAGUUUGAACUUUAUGACAUCAGUGAUGUCUUUGUAUAUAUAGAACUAUAUCUUGAUUUAUCAAGAGUAAUUUCUUUUUUUUUUUUUUUUUCAGUCCAUAAAUGUGGAAAUGUAACAUGAUGCUUGGCAGAGUUUGGGACUAAGAGAACUCUGUGUUGCAGCUUUAAGCUCUGCUUCAAUGUUUUUUUAAAGCCUGUAGACAGAGGCCACCAUUUCAAAACCAGCACAGAAGUUCUGAACUGAUUGGAGUGGCUUUUUAGUCUGUUACUUCUGCUGUAAUAAAUGUAGUGGAAUAACAGUGUUUACAGGUAUCAGUCCUGAUCCCUGCACAAUGUAGCAUUUUUUUUUUCUUAUAAAGGCAAGUAUGGGUUUCUUUAACUUAAACUGCACAAACAUACAAGCUUUUUUUUUUUUUUUUUUUAAUGGGACCUUCUCUUGUGAUACUAAACUAGAGCACUUCAGUUUACAAAACAGCAAGUUCAUCUUGGUGGAAGCUAGUACAAGGGACUUAACAUGAGUAAAGUAUGAAGACAUGCAAUUGGAUGCUGUUACAAAAUUAUAGGCCAUGGCUACCUUACACAAAUAAUUAUACUGCCAGAGGUGUCUGUGUACUUUGACCUUACUGGCUUAAGCAGAUGCAUUUUAGGCUGUUGUAUUCUGAUGGGUUUUGUCUACAACUUUGAAGAGUAAUAUAAUUGUGUAACUAAGCUUUAUACAAUGUCAGCUGCCUUAGGAAAGUUAUGGUCUGCACAGUUUAGGAUUUACAGCUAGUCUAUUUUGGAAGACAUCUUAAAUUGUUUGGAGCGCUGCAGUUCAAAGUGUUACAGUUUUGAAGGACUGUAUAGUUUAUAUAGAAAUAGUAUAACAAGAAAUAGUAUGUAUUUAAAAACUUCAGUGUGGAUUGCAUUUAUCUGUUUUUAGUAAAGUCAUUAGCUGAAAAAUGGCACUUUGCUACCUUGGACAAAUAGGAAAAGAUGAGUAAAAAAGUAGCUAUUUAACUUCAGUAAAUUUUUAUUCUGAAAGUUGAAUGCAAGUUAGAAAGUGCAAGUUCCAGAAAGUUUGUAUUGCAAAUGCUUGUUCUAAUUCUUAUGGGACAGUUGAACCAAACAUAGUACUGGUUUGUAACAUGUAGCAUACAACUUGCAGAUAUUUUUUUUUUACUGAGAAUCUGAACCUUAUUUCCAUAAGAUUAGUUUUCUCUCCAUAAUUUUCUUUGCACUGAUCAUAUUAUAAAUUUAAUUGGCUCUAACUAACUUGUUUUCAUUAUUCAAGUGAUUAAAUUUAUGUUGCUGAUAUUUGUAAUAGUUGCUUCAAGGUCAUCCUGAGUAAUUAGAAAGUAGUGACCUUAAUAUUUGAAAGGGAAGAGGGUAUUUAUUAUGCAUACUGUGAACUGCAUUGACAUCCUGAAUUUUAGAUGGAAGCAUGGAGUUUUCUUUACAGCAUGGUAAUGAAGAUUACUUUGAAGUGUUUACACAAUAGCACCUUUACUAUAUUAAAAAGAAAUUAGUUGAGCACAGUGGACAAAAAUAGAUAAUUUUGUAAUCAGUUCUUAACUUAUACAUCUGAUAUAUGUAAUUCUAGUAAGUACACAGUAAAUAAUGGGUAGCCUUGACCCUGUUGUACUCUGGCCUUUUUUAGCCAAGUUGUCAGCUUCUGGUUGCUGUUUUGUGCUGAACUCUGUACCUUAUUUCUUUUGUUUAUGAAUCAACACAUUUUAUUUAAUUUUGGAAAAUAUUGGCCAUAAUCAUUUAUUAUUAUACAUUCAAGUUUAUCUGUGGGUUUACAAUGAGUGGCUGGUGUGUAUUACAGAAAAAAUCAUUAUACAAAAAUCAUUAUACAAAUAUGACUGAUUAUACCAGUUGCACUUAAAUGAAUAUGCCCAUUCUCAUUAACUGAUGCAGUAAUAUAUUCGGUUUAUCUAUGCAUUGCUGGGAUCUUAAUGUAGACAGAGACUUGUCUAAGGUUUAGGUUGUCAGCAAGUUGAAUGGACACUUUAGUUAUUUAAUAAUGACUUUUGACCAAAAUAAUUCAGAAAAUGAUAUGAGAGAAAAAUGAAUUUCAUCUAGUCUAAUAGAUUUUUAAAUGCUGAUCUUAUUUAACCUGUUGGCUAGCUAGCUGAUAUUGUUUACUUUGAAUUCCUUGUGAAAAUGAGGCAAUAAUUUGCAAGGUUUUGUAAAUAUGUAAAUCUUCAUCUUUUUAGUUACCUAUUUCACUAUUUACUGACCACUUCUGUGUAUAGUAACAUUUUUGUGCAUGCUCGAUGUGACGUUCAUAAAUCUGUACCACUAUGGCUUUAUCCAUGUAAAAUAGCUAUUUAUUGUUUUUUUUUUCCUUUUAAAAGUUGGACUUAUUUUUCUCUCUAUUUAAACAUUUAAAUGGAGAACUUGUUACCAUUUUUUUAAUAGAAUUGUGUUUUAAAAGUCAGCAUGAAGAUAACUGAAUUGCAAGCAUAUGAAGAAAUUAUAUUGCCUUGGUUCUUAGAUGGUGAAGCACAAUUCUUAUAACAAACUGUGAUGAAUUCUUUGUCCUUUGCCAUGCUUUUUCCCCAUACAAACAAACCAAAAAUCCAUAAUGUGCGAUUGCAGUAUUGGUAAAUGUAUUCUUAUUUAUGCACAGGGAAUCUGAAGAGGAUAGCUGAUUCAUUUAGAAGUGUAACUGGUGCUGUGAUUAUAGCAAUACUUAUACUUUUGUUAAGUCUUCUCAUGCUAUAUUUUCAAAUGUUUAGUUUUCCUCUUGUCAUGGUCAAACUACUGAAUUUAUUUGAAGGAUGUACAAUACUAUUUGAAGAAUACUAAAUUGUGUAUAAUUAGGUCAAUUAAUUGCUUCCUUUUUUAAUUUUUAAAACUGAGAGAAAAAAUGUAUGAAAACUUCAGAUCCAGUAGAACAUAGUGAUGCUCCUUAAUUUAACUGAAGUCUCUAGUGAAUAUUUCAACUUUGAAUGUAAACUAAUGGAUAAACUGACCAAGAGGGACAUUAUUUGCCCAGGACUACAAAUACAUUAUCUACUGAUGGCAAAACUGAAUACAGUAAUUUAUAAAUUAAACGACAAGGUUACUAUUUCUUUUUAUUCCUAUUUUUCAUUUGAAAAAGGAAAAUACCUAUUGUAUUUUACAAUUGAUAGUAUGGUUAGAGUCCUCUUAAUAAAACAGAUUCCAGUUAUUCUCAGUUCAAAGUAAGUACCCUGUGCAUAACAAUAAAUUUAUUGACAAUCAGAACAUGUUUUAGUAUCAGAUGUUCAAGAGGGAAGUUGCUGUUGUUGCAUUGGUUUUAAUAUUUGUACAUACACUUUUUUUAGCAUUAUUUUGUAUUUGUUGUACUUUAAUACCUGGUGUACAGUUCCAGAAAUAAAUGUCUGGAAAUCUUU